CAAUUUCAGUUUACCGAGGAGCUGUCUGGUUUCGUAGAGGCGAUUUCUUUAAUAUCAGAAACACGCUUCUUCCCGUCAAACAGUUUUUGUGUCUGCAUCGCUCCUUAAGGCUGGGAUCUUGGAUGGAGUGAGUGUUGAUCCCCAAUGAGAUGACUGACCAGGGCAACAACAACCAGCAUAUCUCCCGCAACCCCUUUGCUGCUCUCUUCAGCUCAGUCGCUGAUGCCAAGCAAUUUGCAUCUGGCCAGAAACCCGAACAGUCUGCUGAACCAUUGGAGGACUCGGGAGAGAGCCAUUCAGAGUCAGAAAACUCUGUUUCGGACAGCGUUGAUGAAAAUGACGAUUCCGUGGCAGAGAUCAGUCGCUCCUUCCGGUCCCGGCAGGAGCUGUGCGAACAACUCAAUGUCAAUCACAUGAUCCAGAGGAUAUUUCUCAUCACUCUGGAUAACAGUGACCCCAGUCUGAGAGGAGGUAAUGGGAUCCCCCCUCGCUGUGUUUACCUGGAGGAGAUGGCUGCAGAUCUGGAUGAACAGGACUGGCUGGACUCGGAUAACAUAGAACAGGCUCUGUUCAACCGUCUGCUGGUGCUAGAGCCGGGGAACAACCUCAUCUACAUGACGUCGUGCAGCGCUGUCAACCUGUCAGCUGACCGUGACGCUGGAGACACGAGUGCCAUCCGUUACCUCUUCGCCUGCUACCAGAGGUCCAAAGAAGAGGUGACGAAGGUCCCGGAGAAGUUGCUGUCAUUCGCUGUACGUUGUAAGAACCUGACAGUUUCCAACACACGGACAGUUCUGCUCACCCCAGAGAUCUACGUCACACAGAACAUCUAUGAACAGCUUCUGGACUUGUUGCUGGAAGGUUUCCGCGCAGCACAGCCAGAAGAGGUGUUUGAGUUUUUGGAGGAGAUCAUUGCUGGCCUGCUCUCCGACCAGGAGGUGCGCACCUUUGGGGAGGUUAUAGUACCGGUGCUGGAUAUCUUCCAGGGACGCAUCAAAGACCUGGACCUGUGCCAGCCUCUUCUCUACUCCUACCUAGACGUCCUGCUCUACUUCAGCCACCAUAAAGAUAUUGCCAAGGUGUUGGUGGAACACAUUCAGCCCAAAGACCCAGCUAAUGGUUUGCAGUACCAGAAGACCCUGCUGGGAACAGUGUUGAGUAUCUCCUGCUUGUUGAGAACCCCAGGUGUGGUGGAGGGACAUGGCUACUUCCUGAACCCCUCCCGCUCCAGUGCCCAGGAGACAAAGGUCCAGGAGGCCAACAUCCACCAGUUUAUGGGUCAGUUUCAGGACAAGCUUCACCAGAUUUUGAAAAACCUGCUCCAGCGAUCCAGUGAGACGCGUCACUUGCUGCUCUCGUGGUUGGGCGGCUGUCUGCAGGCUAACGCCGGCCGGGCCAAGAUAUGGGCCAAUCAGAUGCCAGAGAUCUUCUUCCAGAUGUACGCUUCAGAUGCAUUCUUCUUAAACUUGGGUGCAGCACUGCUGAAGCUGUGCCAGCCCUUCUGCCGGCCGCGGUCACCCAAACUCCUGACCUUUAACCCCACCUACUGUGCCCUGAAAGAGCUGAGCGAGGAAGAGAGGCGCAAUCGCAAUGUGCACGCCAGAGAUCUCGACAAGGAAACCUGUCUGAUCCCUUUGCCCCCCCAGCAGCCGGUGGAGUCUGCUCAGUCGUACAGCCUGCUGACCGAAAACCUCAUCCUCACACAACUCACCAUGCAUCUCGGCUUCCACAGACUCCACGAGCAGAUGGUGAAGAUGAACCAGUCUCUCCACCGGCUCCAGGUGACGUGGCAGGACGCCCAGCGAUCGGGCAACCCCAUGUCGGAUCAGCUGCUGGAGCAGUUUGAGCGUCUGAUGAUUGUUUACCUGUCUACCAAAGCUGCCACCACUCAGCCCGCCAUGCUGCAAUGCUGCCUUAGCCUCCAAGCUUCCUCGGCUGCGCUGCUCGUUCAGCUGGGUGUGGGGAACCAGGGGCCUGAACAUGUAGCACUCAGUUUCCCCCUGCCCCCCCUACAGAACACUGUGCUCUGCUACGUACCAGAGUUCUUUGCAGAAAACAUGGGAGAUUUUUUCAUCUUCCUGCGUCGAUUUGCUGACGAUGUUUUGGAGACUUCUGCAGAAAGUCUGGAGCAGAUUCUUAACUUCAUCACUGUCUUCAUGGGAAACAUAGAGAGGAUGAAGAACCCUCAUUUAAGAGCAAAGCUGGCGGAGGUCCUAGAGGCGGUGAUGCCCCACAUGGAGCCGGUGGCUUCUGGUGCUAUUCAGCCAAUCGUGUUCCAGCGAGAGAGAGCCUUCUGCUCCUAUAGACACGCACCUCAGCUGGCCGAGGCCCUCAUCUCUGUGUUUGUAGACAUCGAGUUCACAGGUGACCCUCAUCAAUUUGAACAGAAAUUCAACUACAGGAGACCCAUGUAUCCCAUCCUCAAGUACAUGUGGACAAAAGAAAGCUACAGAGAGAGUAUCAAGCACUUGGCGCACUAUGCAUCUGAGAACCUGGAGGCCAUGAACCCCCCUCUGUUCCUCAGGUUCCUGAACCUCCUGAUGAAUGAUGCCAUCUUCCUACUGGAUGAGGCUAUUCAGUACCUGAGUAAAAUCAAGGUCCUUCAGUUGGAGCGGGACAGAGGGGAGUGGGAGGGCCUGGCCCCCGAUGCCCGGAGAGAGAAGGAAUCGAGCCUGCAGAUGUUGGGACAGCUGGGACGCUUCCACAACAUCAUGUCUAAUGAGACCAUCGGCACCCUGGCCUUCCUCACAUCAGACAUCAAGGGGAUCUUCGUGCAUCCCUUCCUGGCUGAGAGGAUCAUCUCCAUGCUGAAUUAUUUUCUGCAGCACUUAGUGGGCCCUAAGAUGGGGGCCCUUAAAGUCAAGGACUUCAGUGAGUUUGACUUCAAGCCCCAGCAGCUUGUUUCUGACAUCUGCACCAUCUACCUGAAUCUGGGUGAUGAGGAGAAUUUCUGUGCUACAGUCCCAAAGGAUGGACGAUCGUACUCUGCCGCCCUCUUCUCCCAAACAGUGAGGGUGCUGAAGAAGAUAAACAAGCCUGGGGACAUGAUCGUGGCGUUUGGACUCCUUGCUGAUAAAAUAAAGCCCCAUGCAGACAGACAGCAGCAGGAAGAGGAGACGUAUGCAGAUGCCCCGGAUGAGUUCCUGGAUCCCAUCAUGUCCACUCUGAUGCUCGACCCGGUCCUCCUCCCUUCCUCCAGUGUCACAGUUGACCGCUCAACUAUAGCAAGGCAUCUCCUCAGUGACCAGACAGACCCUUUCAACCGCAGUCCUCUGACCAUGGACCAGAUCAGGCCAAACGAGGAACUCAAGCAGCAGAUCUUACAGUGGCUGGAUAAGCAUAAGCAGGAGAGGCAGCAGCUGGGACCCAGUGGCUAGCCGCGAAUCCUCGCUGUGAUAAACAAUGACUGCAUCCCUGUUUUCUUUCACAGCUUACAUCUAGCGUGCUCCUCUGCUUCUUGUCUAAUCCAUGGUGUGCUUGCCUCUGUGGAUUUCUUCAGACUAACAUUGCAUUAGCCUUUACAUGCAGACUUCACGCUCCGUGGAUUCCCUCUGGGAAAAACUGUCCAGGCAAAACUGUAGCCCACAGGCUGGUGACGACUUCAAAAUCCAUACCAACCCACACAGUAGCUGUUUGAGUCCCAUGAUGCCCCGUGGUACCAUGAUGCACCCGCUGGUCUCUCUCCCUGAAUACUGUGUAUUAAUUAGCUCAUUAUUACAAUCAGAACUGUGGCCAGAAGCAUCAGUUUCAACAGGACUUGUUGAAUGUACUGAAUGAACUCCUGACUGACCAGCCGGCCCAAACCAGAUUUUAUACUGCAAGGUGAGUAUUUUGGGGAACUGUUAAAGCAGAACAUGGAGGAAAUGGUUAGGAUUUAACUUCAUGAAAGAGAAAACACUGCCUCUUAAAGUUCUUGAACACCCAACGUUUCAGCAUAUUAGGUUAAGUCUCAAGCGGAAUUGUAAAUAAAAUGAGCAAUUAAAGGCAACAGCAAAGGUAAAACUGAAGUUGAUGUGUGUGACUUUUAUUUUAGUGGAGAUAAUCUACAUUUAGAUGGAGAUGUUUAAAAUAAUUGUCACUAUUAUAAGCAUACUGAAGCAUAAAACCAUACAGACUACACUUUUUCUGUAUUUUAACCUUUAUAUUUAAGUGUUAAGUCCACCUGCCUUUAAUUAAGUAGUAAUGACAGAACUCAUUAGGGUCUGAGUCUGAGAGCUUGUUUACUAAUAGGUUGUUGGAUAAGGAUUUAAACUGUGUUUAACUUACUACUCAGUAAUAACACUAAUCUAAAACCUAUUUUCUAUUGGGGGCCAGUCUUAACUAAAAUCCCAUAUUAAAAUCAGUUAAUGGUUGAGCAUGGCUUUGGUAGCCUUGCUAGGUAUACUCAAAGUGGUUAAAAAAGUAAUACUAAUGAACAGUGGUGUGAUGGCCACCCAAAUCAAAUGUGUUUCGUCCUUGGAAAAUAGAUUUUUACUCACAACUUGUAAUAAAAAAUGUCUCAGACUUUAGAAAACUCCUUUCAGAGCAACAGUAGAAAUAAUACAAUUAAUUUCACUGAGUACUUUUUAUGACAUUACACUCAAAUCUCUGAAGUGCCACUUUGAGACACACAGCAGUUAUAAAAAAACAAAAUAACUGCUCUUGGCACAAAAAGCAGUCGCAGAAACAUGAUAAAAAUACAUCGAGACUAGUUUAAAAAAAAUUGAGACACGGCAAGUCUCAACAUUUGCUGAUCUUGCUUCACAGGGGGCGAAACAUACAUUUAUGAAAUGUUAUUUGGCUAGUUUAUCAUAAAAAUGUUUAAAGAUCACAAUAUUUUAUAAAUAAACUCAAACCUUAAUUUUGUUGAUUUUAAGGUCUUACUGUACAAUGAUCACAUUUUUGGAUCAAAACAUAAUAGAAAAGCUAAAUUAUAGGGUGUUCAAUAAUUUUUGACUGGCAGUGUAUUUAUUAAUAAUUUUCACUCUUUGAUUAAACAUUCACCAGAUUAACUGAUGUAUCCUAAUCUUGUAUUUUGAACUAAUUUACUGAUUUAUUUUAACAUAUGGGCAAACAAAUGAUCAAUGGGUCAAGAACAGAUUGGUGCCUACAAUCAAGAGCCUUGCAGUUAAUGUCAGUGAAUGAGGAUCUGACUUAUUUCAUACUAAAGAGAAAUAAUGAUGAGUUUGUUUCUUUAGGGCGUUACAGGGAGCUAUGGGUAGAAUAUAAGAGAAGGAUCAGAAUAAGAUGACUCUUUUUUUAGUAGCUUUUUCAAUUAAAGAGUUUUAAUUCAAAAUCGAGUGUGGUUGAAAAAAAUGGCAAAAAGUGAGAAAGAUGAUGUAUUAGUUGGCAUGCCCUCAUACUGUAUGUUGAAUAUCUACCACCUGAAUGAUUACAUGGGUUAAAUUAUAAUGCAAUAUUUUUGUUUUAAUUGUGAUUAUAAAAUGUUUAUUUUGGAUGUACAUUAUGAUUAAUAAAUAAAACUAAUAUGCGUUAUAUAA